CGUAAAUUUUGUUGAUGUACAAAUGCGUUGACCAAUAGCUAUUAAAAAACACUUUAGGUACCCCCUAGUAAUUGUGGUAAUUGUAGUAUUUCGAUGGGUAUACCUUAUACCUGGCGGCUGGCGAUGUCGCGAUCAUUUCUACAAAUUCAAUUCGAGGGAUCAGACGUUAUAGGUUUAAAGCACUUAUAUCAUCCUUAAUAAAAUCUUAUUUACUUAUUAUGCUCUAGCAAAAUAUUUAACCGAUAGAAGUAAAACCGCUCAUUUUUACAACUUUUUCAUCCAAAAUUAAAAUUAUAAAAAAAAAAUCAACAGCAGAUCAAAAUGGCGAAGGAAUUAAAAUUUAUUUCGGUUGAAAUCGGACGUGAUUUUUUCCUUUUGCAGAUGCCCAAAAAAAAUUAUCAGCAGCCACCUUCCACUAUAGAGACCAAUACCCUUCGAAGUUAUCGUGAUGAACGAAAGCCACCAAAUUAUACCAAAGAACAAUUAAAACAGUUGGAGGAAUUGUAUAUUAUCAAUCCACGCUUGACAAAUCGUGUACUACUCAAUUUAACUAGAAAGUUGUGUAUUCAUGAAGAUAAUAUAAGACUAUGGUAUCGAAAAAGACGAGCAAGAGAUAACUCAGAAUGGAACGAUUAUGAUGAUACUAUUUCGUUUUGUAGUGACGACUGUGAAGCGUGUAUGAAUCUCCGAAGCAACCUUGACGUUAAGAACUAAAAGAAUAUGUACUAUGUUGAUGUUGUAGCUCAUAACAAGAUCUAAACAAUAUAAUAUUAUUUUUAGGUUUGUUAAUUUGAAA